CCGUUACUUGGUUGUGCAUCUAUCACCAUGGUUGACACGCAUACCGGAAAGAGCACUUCCCCUUACACAGCCGAAGAGGAGGCAAGGGCCGCCGCCAUCCUCAAAGAGAGAAGAGAGAAGGAGGCCAAGAAGAAGACCUUGAUAGAGGAGCAGGCGGCGAAGUUGAGAAAGAUUGAGGAAGAGACGGCUAGGGAGAAAGAGAGGCUAAAGAGAGAAGAGGAAGCGAAGCUCAAGGCGGUAGAAGAGGAGGAAGAGGAAGAAGAACAGCCGCUGGAAAGGCGAAGGGCAGGAAGAAGAGGGGAGUCCAGUGGCACAAAAGAAGAUUUAAUGGAGAAAAAGAUUACAGAGUGGGUUGUCAGAUCAUCCUUGGGAGAAGAUGAGGAGGCCUUGAUGUAUGUGUCCAAGGAGGAACAGGAGGCGGCCGUGAAAGAAUGGAAGGCUGAAGAAGAUCCGCUUAAGCGGCAGGUGUUGGAAGAUGAAAAUAGGAUGGAGUGGAAGUUUCGUCUGACAAGGGAAAGGAAAAGAAGGAUGGAGGGGGCGAGUCAAGCGGCGAAGGAACUAGAAGAAAUAAAGAAGCAGAGGGAUCAGAUGGCAGUGCAAGUGGAUUUAUUGGGGAAGGUGGAAAUUAUGGCAAAGAAUAUAGAACGCUUGGCAAAGAUCCAGGAAGAACAAUUCCUAUUUGGCAGAAGUCAAGACAUUGUCGUGCGUUCAAUCCGAUUGGGACUCAGGGACUUUGCACGGGAACUGGCCACACAGGUGGGCUCCGAGGUGAGGGCCCGCCUAGAGGGCACAGAGCGAUACUGCACCGGCGCCGUAGAAGGCGCCCGAUUGACCGCUCCCAAAGAGGAGGAAGUACGUCCCCGUAGAGAGCCGGUCAAAGUUAAAUUUCCCGAUUCCUACAGCGGGAAGAGGGAAGAAAACUUUGACAAUUGGGAAGCAAAUGUCAAAACCUACGCGCAUUUACAGAAAGUCUCCCCAGAUGAGCAUAUCUUAAUAGCCAUCCACGCUCUGAAGGAGGAGGCUGCCAGUUUUGCCCAUUCCCUGGUCCGCACCGCGAAUUGUAAUGAUGAUGUAGUUGCGUAAUCCGCCUUCACCCCCCUCAUUGACUUCCUUAAGUUGUUGCGCGAACGAUUUGCAGACGUUUCGCGCAGUGUCAAGG